AUGAUUAUUAACAAAGACAUAGUUAAUAUAUGUAUACCAACAUCCUCACCACUACCACCAUCAUCACUGUUUCGCGUGUUUUUUAUCGAAAGAAGCCUUAGAUCGAACCGUGAUAUGUUAUCCUCCGCCCACUCCACACCAGCAAAGCGCGGCCGUGGCCGCCCCAAGAAGAUCCGCCGCCGCCGGCCUCCCACCGCCGCCGCCGCCGCCGACGCAACCGCUGCCGCUGCCGCGACGGGCGUUCCCCCCUCCGAUACUGAGAAGCUGCUGGCAUUUACGCUCUGGGGGUUCCAGGGGCCCCCUUCGCGGGCGAUGCAAGAGCUCGCGUGCCGGGGCACUCGCCGCGAGCUUGAACGCCGCAACCCGGCGGCCGCCCUCUCCCUUGCCUCUCGGCCCAACUAUACGUCCGCGCUGGGACAGGUGGUGGGUGACCUCCGUGACGGGGCGGUAGGCACGGAGAACGGGCAGUGUAAGCACUGCGCGCGCGGCCUGGGCCCUUUUAAGGGCUGCGUGACCGUGGAGGGCUUCUUUGGCAAGGCCUGCGCCAACUGUGCCAUGCACAGUGAGGCGUCGCGCUGUUCCCUGCGCUUUCCGUCAGGGGUCAUUAACGGUUAUAUAGCCCGUUCAAGCGGCCACAAGCGGCACCGCGAGGUGGUGGAGGAGGAGGAGGAGGAGGAGCAGAAAGAGAAAGAAGAGAAGAAAAAGACUGCCGCUACCGCUGCUGCCGCUACCGCUGCCGCUACCGCUGCUGCCACCGCUGCCGCCGAUAAGGCCGGCCGUGUAUCCUUACCCGGUAGCGAGGACUCCGUGGCCCUCGCCAGCCGCACCCUCGCCGCCGCCCGCGCCCUCCCCUCCACCGCCCUCCCCUCGGCCCUCUGGCACGACCUGGCCAAUACAGCCAACAUUGAAGCCGUACAGUUAUCGGCACAGGCAUCUAUGCUUGCCGCCGCCGCCGCGAACGCCGAGGCCGCCGCUGCCAUGGUCCGUGAGAGGGCCCUCACGUACCGCGCGCACGCCCGCGAGGCCGAGGAGAUUGAGGAUGAAGAGUGGGAGGCGGCCGGCGGGGCCCCGGCGCCCGAUAGAGACACCACAGACACCAUCGACACCACCGAGCACCUGCACCGUCAGCUUGUAGUAUAG